UUUGCAAUUAACCCCUCCACGCUACAUUACCCCAGAUCACAAUCAUGGAGGGGACAAAAAGACCCAGGACUUGGGGAACGUGACUGAGGUUACAGGGGGAGAAGCUCUUUCAUGAAACUGGAUCAUAAGCUGCAUUUCAUUUGUGCCGUGACCUGGCUGCAAACACAUGUUCCCGCUACCUUCUCAGCCCACAGCAGAGGGAUGGUUGACUCUAGUGAGUCACGUUUUCAGUCUGCGAACUGGGGAGGAGCUGGCAGGUAAGAGGUCACAGACUCAGAAUGUCAGGUCUGAAGAACGAAAGUCCCUGUUCCAGAACAAAGGAACUGGAUGGAGGCUGGAUGCGGGAGUGGUGUCAGUAAUCAGUUAUCUAGCUGUUCAUUUUCCUGGAUCUCUCUUUAAUCUCCUCUUUCUCCUUCUGUUGCCUCCUCCUGCUUUUAUCCAUCUCCUUCCUUCAGCUCUGUCAGACUUGCUUUUCUUUCUAGCUUCCUUCCCACAUCUUUCUACUUUCCUUGCCUCCUUCACUUGCUGUCAUUUUUUUUCUCGAUCCUGCUUCCUUGCCACUCUCUAGACAAAAUCUGAAGCCAAGUAGCAAUGAAUUGGAAAAUGAAUUUUUGCCUUUCUUGGACUUUGCACGUCACUGAGGGACUCUGGCCAGAAUCUGCCAUCUUUUUGUUUCUCCAUUUCUGGGACUGACUGCUCCCCUGAGCAUGGCUCUUCACUGAAAGCAUGUGGGUAAAUGGGUGCUUACUAGAAGGUCCAGUGGCCAGUUUAUACCAAUGGGCAGUAAGUUUUAAUCCUGUCAUUUAUGAAGUAUUUGCCCACUGGGAACCACAGAACUCUCAUCCCAUUAGAGUGAGGACAGGGCAGGAAGUGAGAGGGCCCCUGGAGCCUGCUCACCUUCUCCUCAUGUACCUCUGUAGGUCCUCCCCAACCUCGCUGACUUCCUGCUGGCUCAGCAGGGUGAAACUAGAAGGUUAGGCUGGACCUGAAAGCCAAAAGCCACUACCAAACCACUAAGCCUCAAAACCCAAAGCUAAGAAGAGAGCCAGAAUAUAGUUACUGCCUGGGAAACUAGAUCUUGUAUUUCUGCUUCCCCUCACUUUUGGAAAUUCAUUGAUGGCUGACUUCUAAAAGUCAUUUUCCUUUGCCCUGGUACUUCAGGUCACAUACCUCUAUUCUUGUCUCCCUAACUCUCCCUUUCAAGGAUGGCCAGUCAAGUAACUCAAAGAGGAGCCCUCUCUCUGCUGUUCUUCUUAACUCCAGCAGUGACAGCAACAUGGUAUGCAGGUUCGGGCUACCAUCCAGAUGAAAGCUACAAUGAAGUAUAUGCAGAAGAGGUCCCACAGGCCCCUGCCCUGGACUACCGAGUUCCCCGAUGGUGUUAUACAUUAAAUAUCCAGGAUGGAGAAGCCACAUGCUACUCACCAAGGGGAGGAAAUUAUCACAGCAGCCUGGGCACACGUUGUGAGCUCUCUUGUGAUCGGGGCUUUCGACUGAUUGGACGGAGGUCCGUGCAAUGCCUGCCAAGCCGCCGUUGGUCUGGAACUGCCUACUGCAGGCAGAUGAGAUGCCACGCACUGCCAUUCAUCACUAGUGGCACUUACACCUGCACAAAUGGGGUGCUUCUUGACUCCCGCUGUGACUACAGCUGUUCCAGUGGCUACCACCUGGAAGGUGACCGCAGCCGAAUCUGCAUGGAAGAUGGGCAAUGGAGUGGAGGCGAACCUGUAUGUGUAGACAUAGAUCCCCCCAAGAUCCGUUGUCCUCACUCACGUGAGAAGAUGGCAGAGCCAGAGAAACUGACUGCUCGAGUAUACUGGGAUCCACCCUUGGUGAAAGAUUCUGCUGAUGGUACCAUCACCAGGGUGACACUUCGGGGACCUGAGCCUGGCUCUCAAUUUCCCGAAGGAGAGCAUGUGAUUCGUUACACUGCCUAUGACCGAGCAUACAACCGGGCCAGCUGCAAGUUCAUCGUGAAAGUACAAGUGAGACGCUGCCCAACUCUGAAACCACCGCAGCAUGGCUACCUCACCUGCACCUCAGCGGGGGACAACUACGGUGCUGUCUGUGAAUACCACUGUGAUGGAGGUUAUGAGCGCCAGGGGACCCCCUCCCGGGUCUGCCAAUCCAGCCGCCAGUGGUCAGGAUCAUCACCUAUCUGUGCUCCUAUGAAGAUUAAUGUCAAUGUCAACUCGGCUGCUGGCCUUCUGGAUCAGUUCUAUGAGAAACGGCGGCUCCUCAUCAUCUCAGCUCCUGAUGCCUCCAACCGAUAUUAUAAAAUGCAGAUCUCUAUGCUACAGCAAUCCACCUGUGGACUGGAUCUGCGGCACGUGACCAUCAUUGAGCUGGUGGGGCAGCCACCUCAGGAGGUGGGGCGCAUCCGAGAGCAACAGCUGUCAGCCGACAUCAUCGAGGAACUCAGGCAAUUUCAGCGCCUCACUCGCUCCUACUUCAACAUGGUUUUGGUUGACAAGCAGGGUAUUGACCGAGAACGCUACAUGCAACCUGUCACCCCAGAGGAAAUCUUCACAUUCAUUGAUGACUACCUACUGAGCGACCAGGAAUUGACCCAGCGCCGGGAGCAAAGGGACUUAUGCGAGUGAACUUGAGCCAGGGAAUUGGUUGAGGCCAAGAAAAAAGCUCCUCUAGUUAGCUGAAGCUGGGGCAUAAUAUUAAUAAAUGGUUAAUAUUAUUAACCAUUUAAUAAUAUUAAAUGGUUAAUAAUAGAAAUGGUUUCCCACAGUUUUAGGGACAGGACUCUGAGGUGGUGAGGUUUGCCAAUCCAGACAUGUUUCCAGGCACCUUUUUAGGGCUGUGUAAUAGUUUUGCUAAGCAAGUCUCUGCUUCGGGUAGCACUGCAAGAGCAUAAGAAGCUAGGUAGGGACUGAGGACAGGCCCUGGGCAGUGGGUUGGGGGUAGAAGGCCUUCCUUUCCUAACCUGGGCCUUUGCCCAGCUCUCCAAAGUCUUUCAGAUAAGUAAAUCCUAAAUCCAUUCACUGACUGUUUUAACUGGUUCCUCUACCCUGAGAAGACAGCAGAGGGCAGCACCAUCACAACAACCAGGACACUUUAAGCAAGCGACGCUGGAUUUUCCUUACAGGUUAACUAGACCAUGGGGUGGGAGGAUGGGAGAGCUAUAAAACAUUCUUGAACCUGUUUGUCAUUUCCCCUUCUUGGGCAAUUGGGCUUCAAAUGUUAUCUGAACCAUUGCUUCACUUAAGAGUUAGGCAAAUGCUGCAAUGGGAGGGAGCCUGGGAAGGCAAAUCCAGUCAGAGCCGAGCACACUAUCUGGGCCCCCGCUGGCUGGCUCAUGGGCAAGGACACCUUCUUCCUCAGGCCUCCAGUUCCUAUAGCAAAAGGCAGACAAUGCUGUCCCUUCCUCAGAGGAUACUCCAGCCUGUUAUCUAGGAGCCUUCAAAAGCCACCACCACAGGUCAUGUGGGCAAGAGCUACAGCAGCACAAAGUCAAGCCUUAAGAACCAGGCCUGAAAGUAAGUUUGAGGUCUGGCUAUCAUGAACUGGAGCCACACACGUCUCUGCUCUGACUUCAGUCCCACUCAGUGGUGUGCCAUGGUUUAAAAGAAAAGUAUUCUCCCCCUUGCCUUCUUUUUUUUUUUUUUUU